UUCGCAUGAUUGUUAUCCAAAAUGGCGGACGCCGAAGAAAGUCUUUCACCUCUCCAUGGUAAAAAACCCUGUAGAGCUUGUACAAGUUUUAAAUCUUGGAUGAGAAGCCAAGUAAACAGUAAUCAGGAUGAGAAACAACAAAAAACAUCAGAAGUAAAAGCUGAAGAAAACAGCAAAGAAUGUCCAUUGGAUAGAGAAGAAUUAGGCCGCUCUACUUGGGGAUUUCUUCAUACAAUGGCAGCUUAUUAUCCUGAAAAACCAACUAACAGUCAGCAAAAAGACAUGGAACAAUUUAUUCAAAUCUUUUCACAGUUCUUUCCUUGUAAUGAAUGUUCUUCACAUCUUAGAGAGAAGAUUAAAGAAGAGCCACCAGAUACUCGUAACCAGCAAACCUUUUCUCAAUGGAUGUGUAGAAUACACAAUAAAGUAAACAGACAUAUAGGAAAACAGGAGUUUGACUGUUCUAAGGUUGAUGAAAGGUGGUUACAUGGAUGGAAAGAUGGAUCAUGUGAUUAGAUAGCUUUUUUUCAAUGAAAUUAUACAUUUGCAAUAAAAAUGAGUCAUUGUCUUAA